AUGGAGAUGAAUGUUGAUGGAUGGAACCCAUCAAAUUGUGUACUGAAUCCAUUGGAAGUGUCUGCUCUCGUCAGUAAAGAUCGCACCGAUCGAUUCGUCUAUAUACGGCAUGCGUUCAAGAGAUCCUCCAAGUUCUUCGCUCCCUAUACCUUCAAGCUCGUCUCGUAUAAUGAUGUCAAUCAAUGCUACAUGACUGUGAGUGCUAACGGUGUAACGCUGUAUACCCCCGACGAGAUGGUAUUCACGCCGUUAUCGAUGUGGAGUACAGAAUAUAAAAAAUAUCUUGGACUCGUGGAGUUGAGAUUAUUCCGUCUGUAUCGAGUGUGGAAGGCAUUCUACGUGUGGAGUAAAGCGAUAAAAACAGGGAGAAUGUCGAGGGCGAUGAGGUUUAUUGAGGAGAAUUUGUUUCUCUGCGAUGACGACCUCGGUGGGGCCCUUCUGAGGGUCACGGGGGUGCAGUGGGAUUUUGCAGAGGCCAAUUUUAUGAAUAUUUCAGGGGGUGGGGACGUGUCUGUCUUCAAAUUUGUUGAAAUGCAGUUUGCAAAAAUCGAGGAGAUGAAGACGGAAUGGAAAAUCCUGAGAGGAAAAUCAGUGGAGAGUGUGGUGGAUGCUUGCGUGAAUUCGAUAGCAAACGGUGGAUAUCUAAAUAAUGAAGCUCAUGAGUCUAAUAGGAGGUUCGACACACCGGGGAGGGGUUAUUCUAAAGUAAGCUUCAUUGACGAGGCGAGGAAGAGGAAUAAAAUCGCUCAGUUAUCACGUUUCAUACGCCUGGCUGAUUACAUAAGUAUCUUCCUGCUCCUGAAAUUAUUAGAAAACACUUAUUCCGAGUUUUUGAAAAUGCUCACAGAGCACACGAAAUCCUUACCCGAUGGAGAGAAAUUUAAAAAUAAUGAAGAACUCAACGUUGCAAAUGGGGACGAUAAAACAGUUCAAGUAUUAUUCACAAUCUCAUUCAUCCUUUUCAUCUUCAGAAGUGGCAUCCGCAUUAUUUACCCAUUUUUUCAGUCUCUACACAUCUCUAUUGAUGUGAUCUUAUCCAAUGACGACGGCGACGUCACAGUGGAUCCCAGCGUCAAAAUAUUCCAUUUUAUAAUAAGUAGAUUGCAAAACCAUUGGGAGGGGUGUCUGAGGGAAAUUCUGGAGUCUCAUGCGACCGUCGCACGUUUCGAGAGUUCCGUGAGAUCUAUGUCGAUCGACUGGGGAGCGCUGAAAUCGCGAUCGAGUGACGCUCAGCGACUGUCGAAUGUGGUAAAAGCCAGCCUGCCCGUUCAGAAUUACAAGAAAAAAUUGACAGAGCUAUUGAUCUUGAAUACAAACGCAGUGCAGUUGUAUUGCAAGCGUUUUGGUGUCAUCGAGUCAUUUUACAAGGAGACGAAGGCUUGCCCCGAGGACACGAUGCAGAGGAACAAGUCGAGCGAAAUGUUCCGGAACUGGUGUUCCGAGUUUAGAGAGAAGGAGGAAGAAAUCAAUGAAGUCAUCGACUUUCAAACUUUGGGGAUGUUCUCCCUGUUGUUGGAGAGGUUCAGGAAUCAGGCGUUGUCACUUAUAUUCGAUAGAAAAAGAGUUCUUGAGGAAGUGAUACCGAAAAUUGGAAAAUCCAAAGUUGACGUUCUCCUGUCCAAGAUAUUAGACGCCACGACUUACCUUGACACUGAUCCAACAACAGCAGACAGUUUCGCGAAUUACGUUGAAUUCAUCGACGAUGCACACCUGAGGAUUGAUAAUAUGGAAGGGGAUGGGGAUUAUAUCAAAGAGUUGUAUGAUAUCACGGAGGAAUACGGAAUACCGGUAGAUGCCGAGGAUUUCGCUAAUUAUUUGAUGAUCAACGUUGCAUUGACGAGUUUCAAAAUUGCCGUCGCCGAGCGGCUCAAGAAACGCGAUGAACUGAUCUUGAAAUUCAAUGAACAAAUUAGCAAUGAUGUCAGGAAAUUGACGGAUGACGUGUCGGUUAUCAAUGAAUUAAUUUCAGAGCCGUGGUUGCUAGAUCCCCUGAGUGACGCCUUCACUUGCCAGGAGACCCUCAAAGAUUUCGCCUCCAAGCUCCAAGAAUACUCGAAAAUAGUCGAUAAAUAUCAGGCCUACCAGAAGUCCUUCGACCUGGAGACAAUAAGACUAGAAAUUCUCGAUCACGUGAGAAACGAAAUUCACCUUCGAGAUUUAUUAUGGGAGUGCAUGACCUCCUGGGGGGAGAGUACCCGCCUCUGGUACGAGUGCGACUUCGGCAGUUUGAACACCGAAGAAAUGGCGAGUGCGACCGAAGAGCACUUCAAGAAUGUUGGGGAGCUGGAGACAGGUCUGGGGCGAAGGCCCAUCGUUCUAGAGUUGAAGGAGAAGGUCGAGUACAUCCGCGAGAGAUUACCGACAAUUAUCUCCUUGCGGAACAAACAUUUGAGGAGACGCCACUGGCUGGAGAUUGAAGCUAUAUUGAACUUCAAGUUCAGACCGGAUACCAGAAUCAACCUGACGUUGAUGGAGGGUCUGGGGGCCUUCACUCAUGCUCAGGAAUUCAUGAAUAUUUCGGAUAGAGCAACUGCAGAGGCUAAUCAGGAGGCUAUUCUCAAUAGAAUUGAUGAUGCCUAG